AUGGGGCCCUGUUUCGACUUCUUGGCAGAGGAAUAUCGCGGUCCACGCACCAUCGCGGUCGAGGCACACGAUUUCGAGCAAGUCAAACUGUUACUCAAGUCGAACACUGGGAAUGACGAGCAGUCCGAUGACGACAGGACACUGGCUAUGCGUACCGCAGUCGAAAAUGACGAUAUCGAGAUGGUGGAUCUCUUGCUGCGCCAAGGUAUCACAGCGAAGCUAGACGAUUUACCACUGCUGUCCGACGGAACAACACUUCUAUCCCCGAGCUGA